AGCAGAAAAUCUUCAAAAUAAAAGAAGCAUCAGCAACAUUAUACAUUAUAUUGAUCAAAUUGCCAUAGGCAUUAUAUACUGUGCAAAGAUAACUGUUACACUUCACAUUAGAAUGAAAAUAAAACCAGAACCUGACUUACACUCAAAAAAGUGGCACAUUCAGAGAAGGAGGCUUUUAUUUUUUAACCGGAACAUACCCCGGAUGAUGCUGUGCACUUGACACGAGUGGACCAGGCUCUGCGCUCAUCAUCACACCCGACGAGGGAGAGUUACCGUCAGCAUCAUCACCGAGUGUGCACCGAGUGUGUGUCCCGAUCCCUCAUCAUGCAUGGGGGUAAGAGAGGACUGGUGGCUCCGCAGAACACUUUCCUGGAGAAUAUAGUCCGACGCUCGAGUGAGACCAGUUUUCUGUUGGGAAAUGCACAAAUCGUGGAGUGGCCGGUUGUGUACAGCAACGAUGGAUUCUGCAAGCUGUCUGGUUACCACAGAGCUGAGGUCAUGCACAGGAGCAGCACGUGCAAUUUCAUGUACGGAGACCUGACUGAUAAGAAGACCAUAGACAAAAUCAGACAAACCUUUGACAGCUAUGAGUCCACUUUCUCUGAGGUGCUGCUCUAUACGAAGAAUAGAACACCGAUAUGGCUUUACAUGCAGGUGGCACCAAUUAGGAACGAGAAAGACAAGGUGGUGCUGUUUCUCUGUACCUUCAGAGACAUCACUCUGUUUAAACAGCCCAUCGAAGAUGAAUCGGCGAAAGGAUGGACAAAGCUUGCCAGACUGACGCGGGUGCUGACCAACAACCGCAACCUGGUGCAGCAGUUGGCGCCAAUAAGCAAGACCGAGGUCAGCCACAAGCCCUCCAGACUGGCUGAGGCUCUGCAGCUGGGGUCAGACAUUCUCCCGCAGUACAAACAAGAGGCGCCCAAGACUCCGCCGCACAUCAUCCUCCACUACUGCACCUUCAAGACCACCUGGGACUGGGUCAUCCUCAUUCUCACCUUCUACACCGCCAUCAUGGUGCCCUACAACGUCUCCUUCAAGACCAAGCAGAACAAUCUGGCCUGGCUGGUGGUGGACAGCGUCGUGGACGUCAUCUUCCUGAUCGACAUCGUGCUGAACUUUCACACCACCUUUGUUGGUCCUGCGGGAGAAGUCAUUUCGGACGCCAAGCUGAUACGGAUGAACUACCUGAAGACGUGGUUCGUCAUUGACCUGCUCUCCUGUCUGCCCUAUGACAUCAUCAAUGCUUUUGAGAAUGUUGACGAGGACGUCAUCACAUCUGCAUCUCCAGCGAGUCAUCUGCGCGAGUCUUCCAAUUUGCACAGAAAUACCACACGGCUAGAAGACUCUGUUCUUCCAGGCCUCAGCAGCCUCUUCAGCUCCCUGAAGGUGAUCCGCUUGCUCCGCCUGGGUCGCGUGGCCCGUAAGUUGGACCACUACCUGGAGUACGGAGCGGCCGUCCUGGUCCUGCUCGUGUGCGUGUUCGGUCUGGUGGCUCACUGGCUGGCCUGCAUCUGGUACAGCAUCGGCGACUACGAGGUCAUCGACGAGGUCACCAACACCAUUAAGACGGACAGCUGGCUCUACCAGCUGGCGCUGAGUAUCGGGACCCCGUACCGCUACAACACCAGUGGCACCGGCCAGUGGGAAGGUGGACCCAACAAGGACACGCUGUACAUCUCGUCUCUGUACUUCACCAUGACCAGCCUCACCACCAUUGGAUUUGGCAACAUCGCGCCAACCACUGAUGGGGAGAAGAUAUUCUCCGUGGCCAUGAUGAUGGUGGGCUCGCUGCUGUACGCCACCAUCUUUGGAAACGUCACCACCAUCUUCCAGCAGAUGUACACCAACACGAACCGCUACCACGAGAUGCUCAACAACGUGCGCGACUUCCUCAAACUUUACCAGGUGCCCAAAGGCCUGAGCGAGCGAGUCAUGGACUUCAUCGUCUCCACGUGGGCCAUGUCCAAGGGCAUUGACACAGAUAAGGUCCUCUCCAUUUGUCCCAAAGACAUGCGCGCGGACAUCUGCGUCCACCUGAACAGACAGGUGUUCAACGACCACCCGGCCUUCCGUCUGGCCAGCGACGGCUGUCUGCGCUCGCUCGCCGUGGAGUUCCAGACCACUCACUGUGCACCCGGUGACCUCAUCUUCCACAUCGGCGAGAGCGUCGACACCCUCUGCUUUGUCGUGUCGGGUUCACUGGAGGUUAUCCAGGACGACGAGGUCAUCGCAAUAUUAGGUAAAGGCGACGUGUUUGGAGACGCAUUCUGGAAAGAGAGCACACAGGCGCGCGCGUGCGCAAACGUUCGAGCACUGACCUACUGCGACCUGCACGUCAUCAGGAGAGAAGCUCUGAUGAGGGUGUUGGAGUUUUACACGGCAUUCGCCAACUCCUUCUCCCGCAACCUCAUACUCACCUGUAAUCUGCGAAAACGGAUAAUCUUCAGAAAGAUUGCCGACGUGAAGAGGGAGCAGGAGCGCCAGAGGAGCGAGGUGACCCUCUACAUCCCUGACGACCACCCGGUGAGGAAGCUCUUCCACAGGUUCAGGCAGCAGAGAGACGCUCAGACACCAGCCGAGGAUCAUAACUGUGUGCAGGUGGAGCCGCAGCGCCACCACCACCACCACGCUGACUCAAACUCUUACACACAGUGUCAGACUGUGUCCUCUCAGGUUCAGGAGUUCAGCGCCGGUGCAGCAGGAGGAGGAGGAGGAGGAGGCGAAAAGUCAGAGCAGAGCUGCACACAAGAGGCAGAGGAGUCUUUAUCGAGGCCUCACGCAGCAGAUCCACUAUGUGAGAUUGUUGACAGCCCUGCAGAGGGCAGCGCUGCAGGUGGAGAGGUAGGUGUUGCCAGUCAUGGCACCACCAGCAGCAGCAGCAGUAGAGGUUCUAGAGGCUGGGCCAAGUUUAGAAACAGCGCUUCUGCUGCUCCUGCACCUCCUGCUGUCCGCCAAGAACAGCAGACUCAGAAACCAGAGGAGUGGCCCAAAGGUUCUCAGUCUUCAGAGCAGUUAGGAGCUGCCAACAACUCAGAGGAAGGCGGAGAGAUGGAGAAAACUGGAGGAGGCAACGGCGCAGGAGACCCAGGCGAAGAAACGAGUGCCUUGCACAAAACGGACUCCUGUGACAGCGGGAUCACAAAAAGCGAUCUGCGGCUUGACCGAGCCGGAGCCUCGAGGAACUCCUUUGAGAGGAGCCCGAUGGAGAGGCAUGUGUUCGAGCACAGCGACAGCGAGCUCUCUCUGAAGCAGGCUUUUCUCCAGCCGGUGUCUGAACAGGCGCUGCUGCAGGCGACGCUGCACGAAGCCAAGCAGGAGCUGAAAGGAGACAUUCAGACCGUGAGCAGCCGGCUGUCGGUGCUCGAGUCUCAGGUGAGCGAGAUCCUCAGGUUGCUGUCGAUUAAAAGGAGACUCUCACUGCCGCCGACGUCGUCUCCAAAGCCGAGGUUCAAAGGACACGACUCAGUCGCGGCCUCCAGGUGUGUCACACUGAAAACAGAUGACGGGCCCUUUUGACUAGUUACAAAUGUGUACACUGGAUAUCCUUGUAUGAAACUGAUGCAUGUCCUGCUGGACUCUGGCCUGCCAAAGAAACUUGCAUUAAGCACAUGCUGCAUGCAGAAAUCCCUUUCAUGUCACCUUAGCACUGCAAUAACCCAGGGAUUUUUCUAACUCUUUGACUUCUCAGACACUUUUAUGGUCAUUUGUACGCAACAUUUCAUUAAAAGCAACACGAAGUCUGGGCAACAUUUCCGGUCUGGACAUUCUCGGGAGUUUGCCGUUUCCCUGGAGGAUCCAGGUGAAGAGGUGACACCUGGCUGCAGGAACCAGGACACUCUCAAAGUCACACACUGGCUGUGGAUUAUCCAGACAAUUUGCAGAGAGACUUAUGUGGACAUUAAAGCACUCCGCACACUACGGUUUUGUCUUUCACUCAGUGCAUCGAUUUGCAGCUCACACAUCUAUUUUGGUAGACAUGCUCCCUGGUGGUCUAGUGGUUAGUAUUCGGCCCUCUCACCGCCGCGGCCCGGCUUCGAUUCCCAGUCAGGGAACUUACUUCGCUUAGCCCAUGGCUAAGUGGAAAGGGAACUUGGCUUGUAACCAAAGGGUUGCGUGUUUGAGUCCUCACCAGGUCAAAAAAGCAAGGUACCCAACCCCCAAUGGCGCCCGCUAAUUCUAGGAGGGUUUCUAGUAGAGGAUGGGUUAAAUGCAGAGAAGGAAUCUCCCCAGCACGACUCAUUUAGUUAUUGAUUUUUACCCAUUCACACUUGGGGGGUUAAGAAUCAAACACCCCUGAACUUCUAUUUGGAAGACGACCUGCUCGACCACUGACCCACGGCUGCACACAUAUGACGACUAACAUCAGAGCGUUCACCUGACUUAACGUUCAUAAAACCACGCGCUCAUGAGCAGAAACAGCACUGGCGAUCUUUCUCUGAGUCAUUUGUCAGGUAUGUAAAUAUGUGCCUUACAAUAUGGAGCCUCAUGGAGUCAAAGAACAUUGAAUGAAAAACUGGAGGAUCAUGAUUAUGUUUUUUUUUGUCUCAUUGUUGUUGUUUAAUGAUCUCCUUUGUUUAGGCUUCAUUCCCAUGCAUGUUCAAUAGGCAUGCAAUAAUGUCAUGAUUUUGUCAAAUGUCGAUUCUCCUUAAACCUAUAUGAAUAUUUCCGCUCCUUCUUAUAUCUUCGCCUCUUGCUCAGGUAUUUUUUCUGUCAGACUUUAUAUUUGGCUGCUCGUUAAGACGCGAUUCAUGUUUGAAACACACACUUCUAUGCAAAUCCCACUGAACUCAAUGAACUACCAACACUUUUGUUGAGAUAGAAACGGGCAAAGAGAGACGCAGUAGUGACCGUAAAGCCCUCAUCGGUUAGGAUGUAAAAGCAUGUGACUGUCAGCUGAUAUAUAGCAAUAUAUUUAUUUUAAUAUACGACCGUGCAUGCAUCCAACGAACCUGUCGACAAUGACAUUAAUAUUGAAACUGAUGCCUGGUUCCAAUCUGUUUUUUAAUCUGUUG